UUCGAUAUUUACGAAGAGGUACCAAAGAACUUCCUAGUGUCUUUGUAUAUUUUGUAUUUUUCCAAUACAACACGCAACCAUCAAUCAAAACUUGGAUGCAUUAUUAAUAUUUUUGGUGGUCUUGUUGUGAGCAUUAAAUUGAGAGAUGAGGAAUAAGCUUAGGUAAACAAGAUUUGAAUGGCGGGUAGAUUACCUGGUGUUGGAUUGUCACCAAGGAAAAAAUCAGAACAACAUCACAAUAGACAUGAAAAUUAUGCUAUAAGAAAAUCAUUGGAUUUGGAUGCACCAUGGACUUCAAUGACUAAUACCUUAGAUGAAAAUGCUUUCAAGGCUAAACAAAGACUUGAGAAGAAACUUGGUUACUUCUUUUCUUCUUCCAGGUCCAAUGAAGAAAAUCCAAAAAAAGGAGAAGAAAGUAAAAGCAGGUUUCAGAAGAAAGAUGUAGGAUUAGGUCGAAAAUUACUAGAAAGUGCAUGGUUAUUACGUGGAAAUAGGUUUAAGAAAGAGAGAAAUGUUUGUGCUGUGUGCCUAGAAGAUUUCCAUCAAAAUGAAGAGAUUAUGAACCUUUCUUGCUCACAUAAGUAUCAUUCAGCAUGUCUUCUCCCUUGGCUUGAAAGACAUCCUCAUUGUCCUUGUUGUAGAACCAUGGUUCAGCCAAGGGAUUAAGCUUUUGUGAUGUUCGUUUAUAAAUUCAGUUGUUGAGAUUAACUAAAACAGAUAUUUAUGUUUC